UUCCCUCCAAAAUAAUACUGCUACUUUUUUGAGAAAACAGCGGAUGUUUUGCACUGGCACAGGCGACGCUUAAGGGGAUAUGAACAAUGACAAAUAUUGUCAACAACAAUCAAAAUAUCUCCUCUGGACUCACUCCUUCUUCUCUCAACACAACAACUACUACUACAAGGGUUGCUUCGAGGGGCGGAAAUGGAUCUCAAGCUUGUGCGGCGUGCAAAUAUCAAAGGAGAAGGUGUACGCCGGACUGUCCGUUAGCCCCUUAUUUCCCAGUCGAAAGACAGAAGGAUUUUCUGAAUGCUCAUAAACUAUUCGGUGUUAGUAACAUAUUAAAAGUUCUCAAAAACGUUGCGCCGUUUCACAGAGACAACGCCAUGAAAGCGUUAAUCUUUGAGGCUAAUAUUCGUGCUGGCGAUCCUGUCGGAGGAUGUUAUAGAGUAAUCCUCAAUCUACAUCGGCUAAUUAAUCUUUAUCAGACGGAACUGCAAUUUGUUUAUAGUGAGAUUUUCCGGGUCCAAGCCGAGGAUAUACAACAACAUCCAAAUAAUAUCAAUACCAAGGCUCGUUCCGUUCAAGGAAUUAAUAAUAGUAUGCUGAGUUUCGAACCAUCACCGCUUCAAGACGGAUUCAACAGAUUGUGUAUUGGUGAGUCAUCAAAUCAAAUAGUUAAUGAUGAGUCAUCAAAUCAAAUAUCAAAUCAAAUAGUUAAAGGGGAGGUAUUCGACGACCAAUUUGAAACUAAAGUAGCGAUAUCAAGUUCAAAAGGCAAACAAUCUUUUGUUGAACAUGGGGAUUUGAAGCCAUAUUUUGGAAAUUUUUAUGAUUGUAAAGGCAAAGGUGUAGCAACAGAAUUAAGCGAUGACAAGGUUGUGUCAAAGACGAGAGUAAAUUGACCCUAAUGCUGCUUCUAUCUUCACUCAAGAACUGAAAUGUUCAAGCACUUGUAUAACCUAUCUUCUUGGUUGUUAUAUUCUUAUGCAGGUAGACAUAGAGGAUUAUUUUUGUCACGUGUUUUUUUUUUAAUGAAACGAGAGAUUUUGUUCAAGACUUGCUUUAUAUUACUUUUUUUAAUAUAGUCGUACCUUUCUAA